GGCCGCGGCUUCCGGGAGAGGAGGAAGGCUGCUACCUCGCAGGGCGCGGAGGUCGGCUGCCGUCUCCACGUUAACUGGCUGUAAAACUUAAAUUUGAGGACACUUUCUCCCGGCGCCGAGCCUGCCCGCCGGCCCGAGCUCGCGGGCCCCCCCACUUCCCCGCGACGGUCGCGGGGCGCCGGCGCCUGGACCUCGCCCUCGGAUCUCUGCGAACGGCCGGCUCGAGCGUCUGCAGAGAGACACGGAAGAUGGUGGAGAAGUCACCGUCGCCGUUGCCCGAAAGAGCGAUUUAUGGCUUUGUGCUUUUCCUGAGUUCCCAGUUUGGCUUCAUACUUUACCUCGUGUGGGCGUUCGUCCCCGAAUCCUGGCUGCACUCCUUUGGCCUGACUUACUGGCCUCAGAAAUACUGGGCUGUGGCUCUGCCUGUCUACCUGCUUAUUACCGUGGUCCUCGGCUACGUGCUCCUGUUUGCCGUGAACAUGAUGAGCACCGCCCCGCUCAGCUCCAUUCAGACGAUCACGGAUGACUAUGCCAAAAAUCAGCAGCAGAAGCAAUACCAAGAAGAGGCCAUCCCAGCGCUGAGGGAUAUUCCUAUAACCGAAGUAAAUCAGAUGUUUUUUCUGGAAGACAGAACCUUACACCAAAAACUAGACUGAACUGUAUAUAAAUAUACCAACACGAAGCGUUUGUUUGUUUUGGACAGUAAUUUUGACCAUAAUUGUAUUGACUGUCACUCUUACUAAUGCCGAGUAUUGAGGUGUAAAAAAAUGAAAGCUGAUUUCUUAAAGUUAAGUUAAAUAUUGUUUAAAAGAAAAAGGUGCCGUCAACCUUGGGAAAGGCUAUCCCAGUAAACCGUGUUGAGCUGGCAUUGUACAGAAAUUAACAGCCAUAUUGGUCUAGAAACGUUAAAGUUAAUUUUUUUUUUUUUUGCAUUUGUGCAGGGGUAACCUACAGUAUUCAUUAUGUAAGGUCUUAUCUAUGUGGGUUCGAUUACAGAAACCAAUAAAUAUUCUCUAAUGAAAAAAAAUGUGUACGGACGGUAAAA